AUGGCCGCCAGACGCUUGCUGGAGCAAGCUCUUCCAGGUGCCCUGGGCGGGGAAGAACGCUCCGUGCCUUCAUCCGGCCAGGAGGUGGAAGUGAAGCUCCUGCCGCGCAAGACGCCAGGUGAAAGCUUGGAGAACAAGGUGCUCCUGGCGCCCCGGAGCGCACCGCUCGAGCGCCGCAAGGUGGAGCCUCCUGUUUCACUCCUUCAACGUGGCCUCAGGGACUUGGUCGCACAACCGCCGGUCCCGCCCACCGUGCGGCUGAAGGAGAGACGCGUGCCAUCAGAGACCUCCUCACCAGUCGGGGUGCGCUUACAGGCGCGGCGCGAUGCGCCCACUCUUCACGCCCGGCGCGUCAUCGAGGAGCCCAGUGCUUCGGACGAGGUCGAGGAGGAACAGGACCUUGAAGAGUCCGAGGAGCGAGACGCGGAUCCUGUGGACUUCGACGACGAGGAGGACUCGCGAAGGUCGGAGGUGCUCCUUGCAGCCUCGGGGUCUCCCAGCCAGUCUCGGAGGCCACGGCCGAGUAUGACCGAAGCCAGGCGGCGAUCGCCGGUGACGGCCUCUCCACGGUCCAAGGCAGCACCGGCUCAGCCUCCGCCUGGAAGGUACCAGUACCCUUCGGAGAUCUCCAGCGACGAGGGCCCGUCGGCGUCGCAGUUGGUCGAGUCAGAGUCUGCGGAGAAGGAGGAAAGCCUUUCAGAGUCCGAGGCGGAGGAAUCGGAGGAAGAGGAUGGAGCCUCAUCGGAGGAGUCCCGAGCUGCUCGCGCUGCCUUGGCAAAGAAGGCCUUGGCAAGAAAGGAGGAGGAGAGGCGUCGGAAGGCCGCCGAAGCGGCGCAGAAAAAGCGCCAGGAGGCCAAGACACGCUCACGCUCGCGAGAGCCCCCACGAUCUGCGCCUAAGGAGGUGAAGAAGGAGGAGAAGGCCAAAAAGGAGACCAAGGAGGACAAGAAGAAGUCGAAGAAGGAUGAAGAUGAGAAGCCCAAAAAGGAGGAUGCUGCCAAACGAGAAAAGGCCAAAAAGAAGAAGAAGGACACCGAAGAAGAGAAAAGGCGAGAAAAGGAACUCGAGGAAGAGAGGAAGAAGGAGAAGAAAGAAGAGGAGAGGAGGAAAGAGAAGCAACGUGAGGAGGAGAAGAGAAGAAAGGAGCGUGAGGAGGAGGAGGAGGAGAAAAGAAAAGAACGUGAGGAGGAGAAAAAAGAGAAAGGAACGUGA